CGGGGCGGGGACGUGGACGCGGGCGCCCUCCGCCCCGCGAUCGCGGCCCCGCCUGGCAGCCUCGGUCAUGCAGUGCCCCGCGGUGCUCGUCACCUCCAGGCGAGUGCAGAAUGCACACACAGGGCUGGACCUGUCGGUGCCCCAGCACCAGGAGGUGCGUGGUAAGAUGAUGUCGGGCCACGUGGAGUAUCAGAUCCUGGUGGUAACCCAGCUGGCGGCCUUCAAGUCGGCUAAGCACAGGCCCGAGGACGUCGUCCAGUUCUUGGUCUCCAAAAAGUACAGCGAGAUUGAGGAUUUGUACCAGAAGCUUAGCAGCCGCUACCCCGCGGCCAGCCUGCCCCCGCUCCCCAGGAAGGUGCUGUUUGUUGGGGAGUCUGACAUCCGGGAGCGCAGGCUGGUGUUCAGCGAGAUCCUGUGUUCGGUCUCCAAGGACCCCGAGCUGGCGGGCAGCACGGAGCUGCUGGAAUUCUUAGGUACCAGGUCCUCAGGGCCCCCGGAUCUCACCAGCAGAAACUUCUCAGUCCUGGAUGCUGACGGCCAGUCGGGGGACGACGGAGACGCUUUUGACUUCUUUGAGCAACAGGGCCGAGUGGUGAGAGAUGAUCUUCUCUCCCCAGGCCUGCAGGGCCAGGGUGUAGGGAAACCCCAGGAGCGGGAGGAUGAGGAGGAAGAAGAGGAAGAAGAGGAGGCCUUGGACCCCCUGGGCAUCAUGCGCUCCAAGAAGCCCAAGAACCUCCCCCAAGUGGCCGUCAAGCCCAAGCCCAAGCCCAAGCCCCGGCUCACCAUCUUCGAUGAGGGGGACCCUGACGACGUGGAGUUCUUUGGCCCCAGUAGGAAGCUGUCUCCACUGGCCCCCUCAGAGGGCAGGGACCCCAGGGACCCCUUGAAGUUAUUUGAGGAUCCUGACCUGGGUGGAGCAAUCCCCCUUGGAGACCCCCUGCUGCUGUCGGCCCCCCAGGUUGGUGACAGUCGGAAGGAGAUCUCUGUGGAGAAGCUGUUCAGAAUUGAAGAGGACUUGGACCAGAUUCUGAACCUGGGGGCUGAACCCCAGCCCCAGCUCAAACCCAAACCCAAGCCCAAGCCCAAGCCCAAACCACCAGUGGCAGCUAAGCCAGCACUACCCAUGGUCCCCCUUGGAAUGGAGCCAUCUGACUCCACGACUCAGAAGCAGCAGCGGAUCCAGACCAUGGACGAGAUGGACAUCCUGCAGUACAUCCAGGACCACGACGCAGAUGGCCAGGCUGCCCCCAGGCUCUUCUGAGCUUCUCCCGUAGAGGGGUCUAUGCUUGGGGGUGUGACUGUGCGGGGAACGGGGGGCAGGGCUUGGCCUCUUACGGCUGGGGCCUUUGGUUCCAAGGGAGGGAGGGAGGAAGCCGCCUGGGUCAUAGGAUUCCUCAACAGUUGCCUUGUCUCUGUGCCUCCUGGCCUCAGGGGUUACCUCCCCACCCUGCCCAGGGUGCAAAGUCACCAUAGGAAUUGGAAGCCGCAGUGGUCCAUGUGGAUGUGGAGGGCAAGUGUACAUGGGGGCGUCUUGCCAACCAAGACUCCCACCCCAGGUGGUAUGAGGCUUCACUAGGGCAGGAAAACUGUGUGCCCACUUCUGCCUACUAGGCCUGCCCACAGGGAGGGCCUGGCCAGCCUGGGCCUGGGUUGGAGGCAGGGGUCUCCCAAUCCGGGCUGCUCUAGCAUCUCUGGAAACACAGCUCUUAGGGAUCCGUAGGCCCAACCCAGCCUCCCUCGGUUCUGAUGGUCUCAGGAGUCCCGGACUUUGCUCUUCCUGCUUUUCCCAGGGCGGACCUGGCCAACCCACGACCACCUUGGACUUGCGGCCACAGGGCAAGCGUCCACCAUUGCAGCUGGAAGCAGCGGGGGGCUGACGUUCUCCAGAGCUCUCCCUGGGGCCUCACACCCACCAAGGGCCUCAGCUGAAAGCUCUGGGUGCAGCUUCGAGGACGGCUGUAUCCAAGCUGCCAGGCCUUCCCUCUCCGCUGAGUCUGGACGUGCCCACCAGUGUCUCCCAGAGGCCCUGUGCCAGGGCAGGGCCCGUGCCUUAGACUUCUCUGGAUCCAGGGCCCCAACCCCGGGUCUGGUGCUCAGGAAAUUCUCCGUGAGUGAAUGACUUUUCACAGCACAGAGAAUAUGCCCAUCCCUCUCCCCAUCCCUAAUUAGACCGUUCAUGUCCAGAAAUGGGAUUUAUUGAAGCAGUUUGCCAUACAAUGCAGCCACUGUUGUCCCCUGUCAAGUCCUGGCUGACAGAGGCACCCAAAGAGGGUUGGUUCCCAUUCCCAGUGGAGCCCCCAACCCCAGCCUGCUGUCUGUUACCAUUCAGCGCCCCCACCCACCCAGCCCUCUUGCCCCGUGCCAGAGCCUGUGAGGCAGAACGGGGCCCCUACCUCACCCAUCCUCAUCUCACCACGUACCUUGCCAGUCCUGAAAACCUCCAUCCACCUUGGCCAGAGAGAGAAGAAACAGGCGGCUCUGAAGCCCAUCCUCCCUCAGCCCUAACCCCUCACCCCUGACCCUCUCGAGGGGCUUUGGGCUGACUGGGUGGCCUUGGCCCCACCCCCAGCACUUCCCUUCUGCUGCCAGGUCUUCACACCCGAACCCACAGGCAGACGCCUUCCCGCCUGCCUUCUUGCUCUGCCCGGGGCCUGCACCCCAAGACUGUGCACCAAGACUGUGAGAGGCCUUGGGAGGGAGGAAGCGGAUGUGAAGCAGAGGGCUAGCUCCCUCCCUCCCUGUUGCCUCAGAGCCCAGUGGCGGUUCCCCAGCCCCCAGCCAACAUGUAUCACAGGAACAGCUGUGACCAAAUACAAACAGCCAGUCGGCCACCCGGGUCUUCCAAUAAAAUCUGUCAGUGACGCA